UCGAACCCACUUUUCUUCGAUUGACAAGGGGUCUUCAUUAUAUAUAGUACAAGCACUAAGUGGCAAAGAAAACUUUUGGUUGAUAAUCUUUUACUUUUUAUUAUCCGAGCAUAGGAACAAUGCAAUCGCAAGCACUUCAUAUGAUGCUCUUAUUAUUAAUAUUCCUCGUGUUGUUGAUCAUAUGUACAUGUGCAGCAGCUGCAGCACAAGAGGUUUAUUAUCCGACAGCGAAGCCGGACUGCAACGAGACAUGCGGAGACGUCUUGAUCCCCUACCCUUUUGGAAUUGGACGCACAGAUUGCUACUUAGACGACUGGUUUGAAAUCGAGUGCAGCAACAACCUGUCUUCUAAAACUACCAGCUCUGCUCCUCAUUACAAGCCUGUUUUGAAGCGAGCCCAACUGGAGGUGCUGAAUAUUUCUAUUGGAGGCACGCUUCAGGUGAACAGCCCCGUUACCAAAUUCUGCAACGAAACUGGAAGUCCCCAAUUGGCCAAUUUGACCGGCAGCCCUUUCGUCUACUCUCAGGAAAAAAACAGAUUCACUGCAGUUAGCUGCGGCUUCCUUGCCGGGAUGGUAUCAGCAGAGUUUGUGGUUGGUGGCUGCAGGUCAGUUUGUGAUCAUCGGAAGUCUACUGCCUGUGAUAUUGGUAUCAACUGUUGCCAGACUACCAUUCCUCCAUAUCUCACUAUGAUGAACGCUUCCAUUCCAUACCAAGGUGAAACUCGAAACCCCGACUGCGACGACUAUGCGUUUCUGGUUGACAAGGAUUGGUUUGAGAGAUCAUCUUCUGCUCAUGCAGUCAAGAGUAGAAGGCACGUUCCUGUGGUGCUAGAAUGGAAUAUAAUCAACUCUACUUCUUCAUUCGCAUUAUUUGGAAGCUACGUUACAGAGAAUUUUGAUCCUUAUUAUUAUAAUAAUUAUAAUUAUUAUAAUGAUACGGUUGCAUCCUUCUGCAAUAUCUACACUUUGGAUUCCAACAAUCGCUCAACGCUUUCUUGUUACUGCCCAUAUGGCUUUGAAGGAAAUCCCUAUCUUCUUGAAACUUGUCAAGGUCUUGGUGCGGGUCUUGGACUGUUACUUUUGCUUGUCGGUGCUUGGUUGGGAUACAGAUUCCUAAAGAAACGCCAUACCAUGAAACGCAGGGAGAUGUUCUUCAAGCGAAAUGGUGGAUUAUUAUUAGAGAAACAAUUGUCGUCAGGUGAAGUUAAUGUUGAGAAAAUCAAGCUAUUCAAAUCAAAGGAGUUGGAGAAGUCCACUGACAAUUUCAACACUGAUAGAAUUCUUGGCCAGGGAGGCCAAGGUACUGUUUACAAAGGCAUGAUGACUGAUGGAAGAAUUGUUGCUGUGAAAAAAUCUAAAAUAGUGGACGAAAGCCAACUUUCAGAUUUCAUCAAUGAGGUUGUCAUUCUUUCACAAAUCAACCACAGAAAUGUCGUUCAACUAUUGGGUUGUUGUUUGGAGACGGAGGUUCCCAUUUUGGUGUAUGAAUUUAUACCUAACGGAAACCUUUCCCAGUAUAUCCAUGAGCAGAAUGAGGAGUUCCCACUUACAUGGGAAGUUCGCUUACGAAUUGCCUUGGAAGUUGCAGGAGCUCUUUCCUACUUACAUGCUUCAGCUGCCUUUCCCAUUUAUCACAGAGACAUCAAGUCUAGCAACAUACUCUUGGACGCAAAAUACAGAGCAAAAGUUGCUGACUUCGGAACUUCAAGAUCAGUUGCCAUUGACCAAACUCACCUCACCACACUUGUACACGGCACAUUUGGUUACUUGGACCCCGAAUACUUUCAAUCAAGCCAAUUUACGGAGAAAAGUGACGUGUAUAGCUUUGGAGUUGUCCUUGUUGAGCUCUUGACAGGGCAAAAACCAAUUUCUUUUAGAAGGUCACAAGAAGAAGGCAAAAGUCUUGCCACAUACUUCAUUACUUCGAUGCAGUUAGAUCGCCUGUUCGAAAUUCUUGAUGCUGAAGUUGUACAAGGAGGGUCUAAAGCAGAUAUCAUAUUAGUUGCUAACCUUGCAAGAAGAUGUUUGAAUUUGAGUGGAAGAAAGCGCCCUACAAUGAGAGAGGUCACUGCAGAGCUGGAGGGGAUUCAGAUGUCAGAAAAAACUUCUAAUGGUGGACAAAACUAUGAAGAGGUUGAAUAUGUUAGGACUGACCCAACUGAGCCUUGGGAUGUUGCUUCAAGUUCAACUGGAACAGGGCCAGGUUUGGAUGGUGGUCCUUCUUCGUCAUUACAUGAAAUUCCACUAUUACCUUACAAGUCAUGGUGA